UUUCUUUAGACUUCCACACAUAUCAUAAAUACAUAUAAAAAGCUUAGGAUUUUGUCUACCUCACACUUCACGUUGAUAUAGCAAUUCACAAAAAUCUAGAAAAUACCAAUUGUAUCAAUCCAUGGAUUUUCCUCUACAUUUUAGAUGUCCAAUCUCCAUGGAGGUCAUGAAAGAUCCUGUUACAAUCUCCACUGGUGUUACAUAUGAGAGAAAAAACAUAGAAAAAUGGUUCUACACUUGCAAGAAAAAAACUUGUCCUGCCACAAUGCAAGUUAUACAUAGCUUUGACAUGACACCAAAUCACACCCUCAAAAGACUCAUUCUUUCUUGGCAAAAUGGCAAAUCUCAAUCAAAUUCAAACACAUCUCCUGAAUUAUCCAUGAAGCAUGAUGAGCUCGUAUCGUUGAUCAACACGAUAGAAUCGAGCCCUUUUAUGGUGAGUUCCAUGAAGAGACUUAAGUCAAUUGUUGAAUUAGGUGAUCAUGAUGUGAAGGAUGAUUUCAAGAAAUGUGGUGGGGUUGAGGUUCUUGUUAGGAUCAUUCAACAAAUUUUAAUCGAAAGCUCGGAUUUCGUGACAUUUAGAGCAUGUGAAGAGGCUCUUAGUCUUUUGAUCAAAUUGCCAAUUGUGUUAGAAGAGGAAGAGACAAUCAAGAUUCUGUUGCAGCCAGGGUGCAUGAAGUCAAUGGCUAUAAUGCUUCAAAGGGGGAGUGCAGAGGCAAGAUUUUGCACCGUUUCGAUAUUCCAAAGGAUUACAAAAUCAGAUUGUCAAUGGAGUGUUGUGAUUGAAGAUCAAGGGAUUGAAUUCUUUAAGUCCUUGAUGGAAAUUGUGUCUGAUGAAAUUUGUAGCAAGGCAAGUUCUUGUGCACUACAAGUCUUGAUAGACAUACUCGAAAAAUCGAAAAAAUCAAGAUUGAAAGCAAUUGAGGCAGGAGCUAUGUGUACAUUGAUUGAGAUUCUUCCUGAUUCAAGCAAAUCAAAAAGUGAAAAAAUAAUGUACUUGAUCAAGAUGUUAUGUGAAUGUGCUGAUGGAAGAAUGGGAUUUAUUGAACAUGGUCUAGGAGUUGCAGCCAUAACCAAAAAAAUGUUGAAUAUUUCAAAUGUUGGAACAAAAAUUGGGGUGAAAAUACUUUCACUGAUUAGCAAUUCUCACCCCACAGACAAAAUUUUGGAGGACAUGUUGAUGUAUGGAGCACUGAAAAAAUUGGUGGCUUUGUUACAUAUUGGUGGCUCUUCAACAACAAAGGAAAGAGUAGUCAAGAUUUUAAAAUUGCAUGGUGAUAAGUGGAAGAAAAAUCCAUGUUUCCCUAAUGAGCUAAAGAAUUAUUUGGGGUUGGAAAGUGAUUCUUUGUAAAAUUAUGGGGUUCAAAAAGGAAUUAAUGUGAAAGUUUCAGAUACUUGUAAAGAAAAAUUUGAUGAAAUUGAAGAAAAUGAAUUUGUUAGGUUAAUUAUGUUCAAAGGGUGUUGGAUUAACAAUUGAAAAUUUUGUGAUCUGUUGGGUAUUACCAAUUUGUUUAACGGUAAUCAUCACCAAUAGUCUUAUUUAUUGAUGUAAUUUUGAUACAUUAUUUCAUUUGGAUGUCAUGUCU